GCUCCCUCCUCCUUCCGCGACGCUAUUGCUGCUGCUGGUGUUGCUGUGUCUCUCGGUGCCGGUGCCGCGCUCUGCCCUGCUCUCCCAGACCUCUCGCUAGGCCCAACCGGACCCGGAAAUGGCUGACCAGCUUACCGAAGAGCAGAUUGCAGAAUUCAAGGAGGCCUUCUCCCUCUUUGACAAGGACGGGGAUGGCACCAUCACCACCAAGGAACUUGGCACCGUGAUGCGGUCCUUGGGGCAGAACCCCACGGAGGCCGAACUUCAGGAUAUGAUCAACGAGGUGGAUGCUGACGGGAAUGGCACCAUUGACUUCCCAGAGUUCUUGACCAUGAUGGCCAGGAAAAUGAAGGACACGGACAGUGAGGAGGAGAUCCGGGAGGCGUUCCGAGUGUUUGACAAGGAUGGGAACGGCUACAUCAGUGCGGCUGAGCUACGCCACGUGAUGACAAACUUAGGGGAGAAACUCACUGACGAGGAGGUGGACGAAAUGAUACGGGAGGCAGAUAUCGACGGGGACGGGCAGGUCAACUAUGAAGAGUUUGUGCAGAUGAUGACUGCAAAGUGAAGCCCGCAGAGUGGGUGGCUGGCAAUGCCCGUUCUCCUUCAAUACUUUUCUCCAACACACUCUCUCUACUUAAGUAACCUGGUUCUCUAAGCAAACAAUCAGCUGUGGAAUAAAUCUGACCAAGUAAUUAAAAACAAAACAAAAAAAAUUACAAAAAACCCUUCCCAAGCUGCAUGAUUGCACUCAUCUCUCCUUCCUCUCCUUUCUCCUUCCUUCCGUCCCUCCUUCCUUCCUUCUUUCCCGGUGCAACCCCUAACAGUCUGCCCCCAGGCCCCAUAACCUUGUGGAUGUCUUUGUUUCCAUCGGGUCUCCUUCUGUUCUGCGGUCAGAGCUGGCCCGUCUCCCAGGGCGCAGAUUUUUCUUUCUUUCAAAGAAAUCCACAUGACGGGGUGGAGAGAGCGCAACAAAACAAACAAAACAUAAUAAUGAUGAUAAUAAUCACACACAAAAAAUACCUUCUUACUCGUUUUGCAUGUGUCUGGCGCUGUGGUCGUGUGUGCGUGGUCGCCACCGAAGGGUCUUGCCCCAGCGAACACCAAGGGGGUACAAAAAGGAAGAAAUGGGAAUGUUUUCUUUGUCUGGGUUAUCUUUAUUUUUAUUUUUUUCUCUUAGUUUGCUUUCUAGAGGGGGGAGAAAGCCUUUUCCCCACCACCGUUUUGGCCGAAGGUGGGUUUUCCCAGGAAGCUCUAUUUAUGGAAAAGACGCGGAUAGGAAGAGAGGGAUUUCUUUCGGGAGGGCGGAACGCUUCCUCAACUGUCGGAUUGGCUCUUUUACAAACAAACCCAUAAACCUUUUGGACGUCCAUCUCCUGUUCUUGAACCCCUGUACAAAUUGUAAAUGUCCUUCACUCUUUAUUAUUAUUAUUAUUGAUUUUUUUUUGGGUCCUAAGCAUUGUGCCCAGACAUCAGAGCUGCUAUGUAAAUAUCUGAUGCCGCAGGAGGGUGCUUUUGAUUGGCAGCUGGAGGGGAGGGAUUUUUAGGGAAAAGGGGCGCGCGUCUUUUCGGAAAAAGGAACCGCAAUAAAAACGGUGAAGCCGCCGCUGAGUGGAUGUGAUGCCAACGGGGCCAGAGCGCCCGCCCGCCCGCCCUCCCCUUCCCCGUUCCUCUUUCCUCGUGCGACGUGUUUUCCCCUUCCCCAGUGGCUCUUGGUUUUAAGCGCUUGUGCCGCACCUUGGCUUCUCCUCCUCCUCCUCCUCUUCCUCCUCCUUCUCCUCCUUCUUCGGUGUCUUUGCUCUUCAGUGUCGCUUCCUUAACUUCGCCUGCUUCCCUUCCCCGGGCUUUUCCUUUUUGCGGCAGACAGCAUGAGCCGCCGAUGACUCCAUGCUUUUUGUCUCUUUUUAUUUACUAAACAUCAAAAUAACAACAACAAUAACAAAAAAAAUAAAAAAGGAGCUUUUUUUUCCGUGCGGAGGGGAAAUCGAAACGAGCGGCGGGAUAUUUUUUUCCCCCCUGAAAAAAAACAAAAACAAACAAAACCGGGUGAAAGAAAGAGUGCUUUGCGCAGUCCCGUCGCGGCGGGGUUUUUUUUUUUGAGGCCGCGCUCCCGUGAGGUUUUCCGGCCUCUUGCCGUCUGUCUCCGCGAGCAAGCGAACGAGCGCCGAGGCGGAGGAAACGGAGGGAUCUCGCACCUGAGAGCUUUGGGAAGGGGGCGUGGGGGGCGGCGCGGCGGGAGCGGGAGUGUCUUUGAGCGCAGGUGGUGUCGUGUUCAGUGGAAGCUGUGGAAAUAAAAAUUAUAUCAAUGUUUUCCAAUAAAAUGCAGUGACUACCUGA